GGACAGCAGUGUUACAUUUAUGGGCGUUAUAAACAGUACCUGUUAUUUAUCAUUAACUACCCUUCAGGUGUGGCCCACAGUGUGUGCAAACCAAACCCUCUAUAAAUAUACUGAAGUAAUGCUGCAAACAGGACAGGGCUGAGAAACACCCAGAGAAGAACAAGACAUCUCAGAAAGCAACAAGAUGAAGACCACUGUCUGCGUCUUCCUCAUAGGUUUGUUCCAGCUGUCCACCGCUGUGACUGUCACGGAGGGAGACUUUCAGUUCUCUCUGGAAUCGGUGAAAGCACUGGGAGCUCUGAUGACUGGAGAUGAUUCAUCAGCUGAACAGGCACUUUGGCUGAUGGAGGCCAAAACAGGAGCUCUGUGUUCUCAUCCUGCUCUGCCUGAAGACUUCAAACCUCUGUGUCUCAGGAAAGAUGCUGGAGCUUCUCUGGCCAGGCUGGUGUUUGUGGCUACCCGCUAUGAUUCCUGUGAGAUCUGUGAAUAUGCUGCCUGCACAGGUUGUUGAAAUGGAAACCUGCAUUUUUCACAGAUGAAUUGAUUUUUUAUCUCUAAAAUCAAGAAUAUAAAUUAAAA